AUGCUUGCAUGGACGCGCAAGGACCUGGCGGCAGCGGCCAGCCGUGCCGCAGCGGCGCUGCAGCGCCAUCUUCCUCUUGCCUCGGGUGCAUGUGUGGCGCUUGGUGUGGAUGAAGGUCCGGCGAUGGUCGUGCUGCAACUGGCCGUGAUGGAGGCGAGGCAUUUCUUCUUGCCCUUGGACCUUCGGCAGCCGCCGGGACGCCUGGAGGUGAUGCUGACUUCAGCAGGUGCAGGCUUGCUGCUGGCUUUCGCAGCCUCCCUGGGCUCCAUUUACCCGCCAGCGGGCUGCCUCCUGGUGAGCGCAGAGGAGGUGCUGGGGGCCACCGCUGUAACUGCAGAGACAGAAGAGCUUGGAUACCCUGCUCCCGAUGAUCUUUGCUAUGUGCAGUUUACAUCCGGGAGCACCGGCAAGCCCAAAGGCGUCUUGUGUGAACAUCGCCAAGCUGCUUGGUAUGCUUUGUCCAAGGCAGUUGCAGAGGGUGUCGACGAAUCCUCGUGUCUCAUGCUGACGGCAGCCUUCACCUUUGAUCCUUGCCAGGGCGACAUCUUUUGUGCACUGGUCUCCGGCGCGGUGCUUGCCCUGGUACCGCGAGUGCGUUUGCUACAGGACUUGACAGAGGUCCUCUGCCAAUCGCAGGCCAGCCACUUGUGUGCAACCCCGGCGUUGUGGCGUCUAGUCGACCCAGAUGCCGAACUUCCACAUCUGCGGGUCCUGGCACUUGGUGGGGAGAAGAUGCCGCCGGCCAUCAUCCAGAAGUGGGCGCCGCUCCUGCAUCUGAGGAACGUCUACGGCGUGACGGAGGCCACCGUCUACCAAACAGCCAUGCAGAUGACUGCGGAGACGCGGCCACAGACGGCCGGCUGGCCUUUGCCCGGAGUACAGCUGAAGAUUGUGGCUUGGGAGGAGCCUGAAGAAGAAGAACCUGAGGAAGGCGAGAUCUGCCUGAGUGGUCCCGGCUUGGCCCGUGGCUAUCUUGGACUGCCAGCCUUGACGGAGGAGCGGUUUCGGAGGCUGCCUGGCGGAGGUCGCCAAUACCAUACCGGCGACUCUGGGCGAUUCGCUGCCUCCUUGGGCUCGCAUCCUUGCCUGGAGGUUCUCGGACGCAGGGACUCCCAGGUGAAGCUGAACGGAGAGAGGAUCGAGCUGGGAGAAGUGGAGCAGCUGCUGGGCAUGAGCCCGCUCAUUUCUCAGUGCGCCGCCAUGCCUUGGGGAGAUCAGGGCAACCUGCUAGCGUUCGUCGUCUUGGCCAAAGGCGAGGCCUUGGAUGGCUUGGCUUACUUGGCGCUCAUGGCCCACUGUGACAGCCACCUACCGCGGAUCAUGCGACCCAGGAGGCUGGUGGCCCUGGACACUCUGCCUGUCACGUCCAACGGGAAGAUUGACCGGAGAUCUCUCAUAGCUCCCCAGCUCGACGCGGAAGUGGAGAAAGACGUCGAGAGAGAGCCUCUGUCGCCUCUGGAAGAAGCCAUCGCUGUGGCAUGGACCUCGGAGCUCUCACUGAAGCACCAGCUGGGUCCUGCAGCGGAUUUCUAUUUGCUUGGAGGAGGUAGUGUGCAUGCAGUUCGUGUAACACGCCUCCUGCGUGUGGUGCUGCAUGGCGGUGGUGGUGGAAAGGCAAAGUGGGCUGAGGGUACCAGUGACUGGCGUAAUCCUGCUGGAGAUGCUUCCUUGUUCCUACCUCCCGAACGAGCCGGCGAUGCCGAGUGCCAUUUCGGCUUGUGCGAUGGGGGCCCCUUCGCCCCCUGCGCUCUUCUCGAGCGACCUGUGCUCCGGAACUAUGCAUCCUUCCUAGUCGAAGCCGGCGUUCGGGUUGGCAAAGAGACAGAGGCUGUGGACUCGGACCCUGGAGCCGAUGGAGCCGACUUGCCUCGAGCUCUGGAGAGUGGCCUUCGAACCGGCCGGGAGGCGCUGGUCCGAGCCUUGCUGCUGGCCCGGGCCUCAGCGACUGGAGGCUUGGAGCGACGGCAGCGCGGGACGGCCCCGUUGCACUGGGCCGCCCAGCGGUGCAGCGGAUGUGUGGUGGAAGCGCUGCUGGCGUUCAGAGCUCAUGUCACGCAGGCCACGGAGGCAGGGGCAGUUCCUGCCCAAGUGGCGGCAGCCGCCGGGAAUGCCAGUGCACUGCGUGCACUGUUGGAGAACGGGACUCCCGCCUGCGUGCGCGAUGCUUCGAAGCAGUCCCUCUUGCAUUAUGCAGCCCGCUCCGCAUGUGCCGUGGAUGUCAUCCACCUGGCCGUUCAGCACGGUGCCGAGGUGGACUGUCGCGACAAGCAGCUGCGGACACCCCUCCACUGGGCGGCCCUGUCUGGUGAUGCCGCGGUGGUGGCAGCACUGUUGGCAGCGGCCUGCGAUCCGCAGCCGCCGAAGGUUUCUGCCUCACUGCACGAAAGGCGAACGCGGCUCGCCCAGGAGUCACCGCUGGAACUGGCAGUUUCCAGGCGGAUUCUCCGGGUUUUCAAGACGGACCACUUCGCCUCAGCAGAUGCGGUGCUGCUGGAGCUCAAGGGCCAACGGUGCUUCCGGGUGGCUGUGCUCCUGCCGGAGACGGACGCCAUCUCCGACGCUGCGGUGGUGUUGGAGGAGCGCGGCCCAAAGCAAGAGACCUUGGUCCUCCAGAUUGAGCAGCUGCCACUUGGGUCGGUACUGCAGAUCUUCGAAGCUUGUGCAGACCCUCAGCGCUGCCGAGCCUUCGGCGCGGCCAGCGAGGCCGCGGGUGCCAGGGCUGGUGAUGAGCUGAUACCGCGGUUUAGGUUACCAGGAGAGUACGAAUAUGUUUCGAUGUAUUGGGGAAUGGCAACCGCAGGCUUCGUGCCACUGAGCCGCUCUGGACAAAGCGGGUCCUUCGUGGCCCGCGUGCCGAUACGACGGCCCCCAGGUCUGGAGGAGUUCCAGAUCUUGCAGGGCCAGGAUUGGGCAGCCCGAUACUAUCCCACAGCGCAUGGCGAGGGCGUGGAGGGCCCCGGAAAUGCCCAUGGAAGGAACUUUCGGGUCACCCCACUGCCUUCCGACUGCAUGCAGCUAGAGAUCCUUUGGGACGUGCUUGGGCGAAAGGUCACCUGGAAGUUUCUGAAUGCCGCGGAGCAGGAAAUACAAGCCGGGGAGAAGAAAGUCGCGGCAAAGAAGGGAGCCAAAGCACGCUCCGCACCGCGCAACCAGGCCUCAAAUAGAGGCCCGUUCUUCCUCGUCGGCUCCUGGGACAACUGGAAAGGUUUUGCAGAGUUUCUACCUUUUGGCGACUCUUUCCGGACGAAGGUGAAGGUUGGUUUGGACAUGAAGCGGGUGGAGUUCCAGGUCGUCGUGGCUCGGGACUGGAACCGGCGCUUCCACCCCACCUCAUCAGGCGAUGGCCUGGCCGGACCCGACGUGGGCCAUGGUUUGAACUGGCGAGCAGAGGUUGGCGGGAAGAAGUGGCUGGAGGUCACCUGGAGUCCUGACCGUGCCCCUUACGUAGAAUGGACUUUCCCUGACCCCGCGGACGCUCAUGAAGCCGCGGCAGAGGACUUCGCGGCCAUGCUCCGAGCUCUGGCCAAGGAGGGGAGUGGCGCCUGGUUUCGGGGGAUGGCAGGCAUCUUCGAAGCGCUGCCGAAGUGCCAGCGCUCGUCGCCCUAUGGUGCAAAGGCCGAGAACGAAGCCACCGCCAGGUGCUUGCUGGCGACCUUCUUGCGCGACCUGGAGACCAUGGCGGACCCGCUGGGCCCCGCGCCGGGAGCGCAGCGAGGAGCUCUCAAAGAGCUGGAGGAGCAGUGCGAGCAGCUUUUGAAGGACACCGUCGGUGAGAUUGACUAUGCAACAGCUGGCGGAGACUUCAUGCAGGAAGCUCUCCCAGUGGACCCCGCCACCGGGCCCGUGCAGCUGAAGCUUUGGCACCGCCUCGUGUACCUGCCUCUGGUCAUGUAUGUGCGCAACACGGUGCACCUCUACGAAAUGUUGGAACGGCUCAAGGCUCAGUCCUCCGGGGCCGGCCGGGGCCGGCUGCGUGCGCUGCUGGAUGCGAAGGGGACUGCACGAGAAAGCCCUUACUCCUGGCUGGUUUUCAGCAUAGUGGGCGCCCUGCAAAUCCUCUAUCAUGCACGGGCUGCAGCGGAAAAGAGAGGAGGCUGUGAUGCAUUCCCGCUGGAGUUGCUGGCCAGCAGCCCGCCGCAGACAGUUUGGAUCCAGGAUGGCGUGGAAUGGUCGCCAUCCCACGGUUCCGGUGCUGGCACUUUCCAGCGCAAGCAGGUGGUCAACUGUGAACCCAUGAAGCCGUUGGGUACACUGCGGAAGGGCGAUGGGCUGAUGUACAGGGGCAUCUGGCUGCCGGCUGAUGCAGACGAGGACACCAUCCGCUAUCAGUAUUCCUUCCAGUCCUUCUCCCGGAGCAUUGAAGGUGUCAUGCGGGUACUACGAUUCUACAGUGGCGUCGCAUCCACGAAGGCAGGGGAAGCAGCCAGGGCAGGGCACAUCCUGAUGUACAUCGGCCCGGUGCUCAAUGCAGAGAAAGGUUGGCGUCGAGUUUCAAGGCAGGAGGCUCGCCAUGGCAUCCUGGCAAUGACUGCGGAUGGCCCCCAAGCUCUGGGCAAAGCCUCCGAGACGGACGAGGUUCCAGCGAACCAGAGCCCUCAAGCGGCGGCCUGCGACGGUCCGACAGACAUGCCAGAGGACAUUGUCCUCCUUCUCUCGGCCGCCCUGGCCUUCGUGGCCAGCGCCGCCUUCCACGCGGCGAUGAGCCUCUGCGUGAAGCUUGCCAGUCGCAGCUUUCCCACGUCUCAGAUUCUUUGGGCCCGCUACUCCGUGCAGCUGACGGUGACGUCCUCAAUACUCCUGUGGCGGCGCGAGGCAUGUGCUGGCCUUGGCCAGAUUCCCGGUACUUGCCAAGAAGCCGUGGAGGCAGCCUACGCGAACUGCCCUCGUGAGAUUGGAUGCCCGAGCUCCUGCGAGCGUCCCGCCUGUGCCGCAAUCGUUGCCUGCCCUCCCGGCUCCACCUACACCUGGAAUGGCACGGCCUACUCGGCGGAGCGGGUGCAGUCACUGGCGGAGGCAUUCUUUUCCCGGGACAGAGUAACAGAUGCAUUGAGAAUUUUCCAGCACUGGCCAAACGCUUCCGACCUGAUAAAGCUGGACAGAGCGCUCUACGCAAAGGUCUAUCCCGUCCUCACGGCGCUGCUUGCGCCUUGCGCCCUCGGCGAGCCCUUGUCCACGGCUUCCCUUGUGGCCGCGCUGGUGGCCACCUUGGGCUGUGCCCUCGUGGCGCGUGGUCGCUUGAACCACUCCGAAGACCAAUCCCUUGGGCAGAUCAAGCUCGGCGUGGGGAUCGCCCUGCUCGGCGCGUUGAGCGCCAGUCUGACCUACCUGCUGGUCCGGAAGCUCAUGCGGCCAACGCCGCCAACGAAAUGUAUUGAAGCAGAGCUGGUGGUCUGGAGCUACUCCGCGACAGCCCUGUGCGUUCUGGUUGCAGCCCUUCCUUUCACGGAGGGCAGCUUCGUCUUCGAGGGCAUUGAUACAUGGACGUGGCUGUCUCUGAUCGCCGUGGGACUCACCAGCGUAACGGAGCAGCUGCUCGUGACCUUGGGCUUCAGAGGCCUUCCGGCGGCAGCUGGGACGCUGAUGCUGACCCUUGAGGCUGGCUUUGCCUUCCUCUUCAGCCUGGUGGUGCUGCAUGAAUCCUUGCGGCUCCAAACGGUGCUCGGAGCAGCCUUGGUCGCAGUGGCAGUGGUUGUCACGCUGCGCCGGCCUACAGGACAUCCAAGGCCAGCCACCGUAGCUCACGGUGGAGAGAAGAGCCUGGAGCAAGUCAGUUUUCAGGCGGUCUGCAACUUCGAGGAAGGAGCUGUGAUGUUCUUUCUUCGGCCUACUUUUUGCCAGAUUCAUCUGCGCCGCGCGCUUCCGUCGGCGAACUUGGCAGAUGCUACCUGGAAGGUCUUGGACUCUGCGACCACAGCAGGCAACCUACGUCGGGACUAUGCCUCGUCUCCUUGGGUGACUCCAGUGCAGCUUUUUGACGGACCCAAGCGGAAGGCCGGUGACUCCGAACAAGAGCUGCUCUUGCCACCUUUCAUUGCUUACGAAUUCGAGGAAGAACUCUCUGUUGAUUCAGACAUGGAGUUGCCAGAGAAGCCGGUGCCUCACUGUUCCUGCAUCGCAGUUCCAGUGAUCCUAG